GGUGAAGGAGGAGGAUCGACAGAAAACAGCCUUCGUACUAUUUGAAGGCACGUGGCAGUGGGUCCGGUGCCCGAUGGGGAUUUGUAAUGCGCCUGCUACGUUUCAACGGGCUAUGAACGUGACCUUCCAGAAGUUCGUCAACAAGAAGCGGCUAACUCAGGGAAUGAUCAACUUUUGCGUCAUCGUGUACAUGGACGACAUUCAGGUCUACUCAGAGACCUAUCAUGGACACGUGCAGCACAUUGAGUGGACGCUGGAAGCUCUGAGAGACACUGGGUUCAAGGUCGCGUUAGAGAAGAGUGAAUUUCUCCUCUCGGAGAUCUCGUUCCUGGGCUACGUGGUGACACGGAGAGGACUGCGGGCGGAUUCGAGGAAGGUCACGGCGGUGAAAGACACCCCUGUUCCCACGUCAUUGACGCAGGUUCGAGCUUUUCAGGGACCGGCGUCAUACUAUCGUCGAUUCAUCAAGGGGUUCGCCCCGAUUGCGCGGCCCCUAACGAACUUGUUACGAAAGGACCAGCCUCUCAGUUGGGACGCCGAGUGCGAACAGGCCUUCGCCACCCUCAAGGACGUCGUGGCUACAACACCUAUUUUGAUCCGGUCGGACCCUACGAAGCAGUUCAUUCUCAUUACGGACUGGCAACCGGAGGCGAUUUCUGCUAUCCUAGUGCAGAAAGGGAACGACGGUCGUGAACACGUCAUCGAGUACGCAUCUCGAACGGUGCCAGACGAACGAAAGAAUGAUUCGGCCCCGCAGGGCGAAUGCUCUGUGGUGGUUUGGGGAGUCCUGCACUUCCAUCCGUAUCUUUACGGACAUAAGUUUCUUCUGGUGACUGAUCACGAGCCGCCGCUGGCUCUGAAGAGGCUCACUAACUACAGAGGCAUGAUUGGGCGUUGGGCAGUGACCCUGCAGGCCGCUGGACUUAUCGAUGAUCUCCCCCUCGAUAUCAUAUCGCAGUGCGACGAAAGCCCGGUGCCACACGUCCUCCCGCGAAGGUUGACGCCAUAUCUGCAGUGGUCGGCCUGCUUGGAGGAGCGGGGAGGAGGUGGCAGUGAUCCGUCGCGAUCAGAAUACCUCAAUCCCGAGGGGAUAAUGGACAUCUUCUUCUUCCAGCCCCGGGCGGUGUCGGAAGACGAAGUGAUAGCGGUAGAGGAGGAAGAAGAAGAGGACGAGGAGGAAGAAACCCCGGAGGAAGGAAGCUACAACGAGCACAGCGAAGAGGAGUCGGGCAGCGAAGAAGAAGAAGAAGAGGAACAAGAAGAGGAAGAGGAGGAGUCUGAGUGGGAUAGUCUGGGUGAGGAGGUGGACCGCGCGGAGGUCCAGGAAGAAGAUCCCGAGGUGGUAGCAUGGUGGAGAGAAGAAAUCGCGGUCGGGAAGCAGCCGCAAGAGUACGCGAGCGGCGUGGAUCUGCCGAUCCCGAACGACCCGACCAAGGAUCCCAAGCCGCCCAAGAACGACGAUGGGGACCUACUGCCGAGACUUCGAGCGCACCGCCGCGGAGACAACGGAGCCGAUCCCCCUCCCCACCCCCCCGUCCCCUAGUUCGCACACGUACCGAUGCGGGGCAUCGGGCUUCGUCCCCGGUCGUUUUCCCGUCGUCCCCUUGAUUACCUCACCCUUCACCAGAUCACCAUCCCGAUCUCCUUCCCCCACAACUCCUUCCCCACCGACACCUUUCGUCACUUCUACGCUACCCGCCUCACUGUCACAGUACACCCCCACCCCUCUACUCGCCGUACUCGGUGUGCCACCCCUGUCUUUUGCCUCCACGUCCUUCUCUUUAGUGCCGCGUGGCGCGGCGACAAUAUAAUCGA